GUCCCACUUACCCCACCUUCCCUUCCACAAGCUCAUUGAGGACCAACUAGGGCCACCCCAACCCGAGAUCGGCUCCAUCUCUAAGAAUGCUCUCAGAGGACUUCGCUCCCUCACACACCUAAGCCUGGCCAAUAACCACCUGGAGUCCCUCCCCAGAUUCCUGUUCCGAGGCCUGGAGACCCUGACUCACGUGGACCUCCGUGGGAACCCAUUCCAGUGCGACUGCCGUGUCCUUUGGCUGCUACAGUGGAUGCCCACCGUGAACGCCAGCGUGGGGACUGGGGCCUGUGCGGGUCCCCCAGCCCUGACCCACGUGCAGCUCCACCACCUCGACCCCAUGACGUUCAAGUGCAGAACCAUAGAGCUGUCCUCCUUCCAGACGGUGGGGGAGUCGGCGCUGAGCGUGGAGCCCUUCUCCUACCAGGGGGAGCCCCAUGUCAUCCUGGCACAGCCCUUUGCAGGCCGCUGCCUCAUCCUGUCCUGGGACUAUGGCCUCCAGCGCUUCCGGCCAGAGGAAGAGCUGUCGGCGCCCUCGGUGGUGUCCUGCAAGCCUCUGGUGCUGGGCCCAAGCCUGUUCGUGCUGGCCGCCCGCCUGUGGGGUGGCUCCCAGCUGUGGGCCCGGCCCAGCCCCGAGCUGCGCCUGGCCCCCAUUCAGGCCCUGGCCCCAGGCCGGCUGCUGCGGCCCAAUGACGCCGAGCAGCUGUGGCUGGACGGGCAGCCCUGCUUCGUGGUGGCCGACGCCUCCAAGGCGGGCAGCACCACACUGCUGUGCCGCGAUGGGCCGGGCUUCUACCCACGCCAGAGCCUGCACGCCUGGCACCGCGACACUGACGCCGAGGCCCUGGAGCUGGAUGGCCGCCCCCAUCUGCUGCUGGCCUCGGCCUCCCAGCGGCCAGUGCUCUUCCACUGGUUUGGAGGCCGCUUCGAGAGGCGCACGGACAUCCCCGAGGCGGAGGACGUCUAUGCCACACGUCACUUCCAGGCGGGUGGGGAUGUGUUCCUGUGCCUGACCCGCUACAUCGGGGACUCCAUGCUCAUGCGCUGGGAUGGCUCCAUGUUCCGCCUGCUACAGCAACUUCCCUCCCGCGGUGCCCACGUCUUCCAGCCGCUGCUCAUCGCCAAGGACCAGCUGGCCAUCCUGGGCAGCGACUUCGCCUUCAGCCAAGUCUUCCGCCUUGAGCCUGACAAGGGGCUUCUGGAGCCACUGCAGGAGCUGGGGCCCCCUGCCUUGGUGGCGCCCCGUGCUUUUGCCCACGUCACCUUAGCUGGCAGGCGCUUUCUAUUUGCAGCUUGCUUCAAGGGCCCUACACAGAUCUACCAGCAUCAUGAGUUGGAUCUCAGUGCCUGAGACUGGACAUGGCUGGGAGGCUGGCAAGGGGACCCGGAGGCAUCUGGAUGCCCUCUUGGCUGGCCUCCUGUCCCCAUCUGAGGCAUGGCCAGUCCUGUGAGAUACAGACCACAGGUCAAGUUUAUCAGCCACAGUUCCAGACCUUAGCCAGCCUCUUGGAGGAUCUGCACCCGCUGGGGAAAUGGCAAGUCCCAGGCCAUUGCAACUUCGGAGCUGUCUCUAGUCAGAAGCCGCGUCUUGUCUGG